UAUGGGCAAAGCCAGGCUGAGCGAGAGCUGCCCUCGCUUCCGUGUUUGUGUGAUCAGGGAGUGCACAGCCGGGGAAGCGUCAGUCUCUACUGUUUCAUUCAUUUAUAACAGUAACGAUAAACAAGUGACCAGCAGGGAACAUGCCGUAUGAACUGAGACAUGUGUUCGCCAGUCUCCCACAGAUGGAGAGGGGAGUUGCAAAAGUCAUUGGCGGUGAUCCCAAAGGGAACAACUUCCUGUAUACAAAUGGGAAGUGUGUCAUCAUCAGGAACAUUGAAAAUCCAGCUAUAGCAGACAUUUACACCGAACAUGCGCAUCAAGUUACUGUCGCUAAGUACGCCCCCAGUGGAUUCUACAUUGCAUCUGGAGAUGCUUCAGGAAAGAUCCGUAUCUGGGACACCACCCAAAAGGAACACCUGCUCAAGUACGAGUACACCCCUAUUUCAGGCAAGGUCAAGGACAUCGCAUGGACAGAGGAUAGCAAGAGGAUUGCUGUUGUUGGGGACGGACGAGAGAAGUUUGGGGCAGUGUUCCUGUGGGACUCUGGCUCCUCAGUGGGAGAGGUUUCAGGCCAUGCCAAAUUAAUCAACAGUGUAGACAUCAGGCAGAAACGCCCAUACCGCCUUGCUACUGCCAGUGAUGAUACCACCGGGUCCUUCUUUGAGGGGCCUCCCUUCAAGUUCAAGUUCACAUUACGUGACCACAGCCAGUUUGUCAACUGCGUUCGCUUCUCUCCAGAUGGAAGUCGGUUUGUCACAGCCGGUGCUGAUGGCCAGAUUUUCGUGUAUGAUGGAGCGACUGGUGAGCGUGUUGGCUCACUGGGUGGAGAGAAGGCCCACAAAGGAGGAAUCUAUGCUGUCAGCUGGAGCCCUGACAGCUCCCAACUGAUCUCUGCCUCAGGGGACAAGACCGUGAAACUCUGGGAUGUUGGUGCAGGUACAGCCGUCACCACCUUCAACAUGGGCACUGAUGUGACAGACCAGCAGCUGGGCUGCCUGUGGCAGAAGGACCACCUCCUCGGCAUCUCCUUGUCAGGAUACAUCAACUAUCUGGACAAGAACAACCCUGACCGCCCCAUACGCACCAUCAAGGGUCACACCAAAUCCAUCCAGUGUUUGACGGUUCACAAAAAUGAAGGGCGAUCAUACAUCUACUCGGGGAGCAGUGAUGGACACAUCAAUUACUGGGAUGCAGAAACCGGGGAGAACAGCUGCUUCUCGGGGAAGGGCCACACCAACCAGGUGAGCAAGGUGGUGAUCGACGAAGCCAACGAGCUGGUGACGUGCAGCAUGGACGAUACACUGCGCUACACUAACAUCAACAAGAAGGAGUACAGUGCCUCUGAUGUGGUAAAGAUGGAUGUUCAGCCUAAAAGUGUGUCAGUAGCAGUGGGAGGGCUGUCGCUGGCUGUGUGCAUUGGACAGAUUGUCUUGCUGAAGGAUAAGAAGAAAGUCUUCACAUUGGACAAUCUCGACUAUGAGGCAGAGGUUGGAGUUCUCCACCCUGGAGGCACCACUGCUGCAGUAGGAGGAGCAGAUGGGAAAAUCCAUCUGUACUCUAUUCAGGGAAACACUCUAAAGGACGAGGGUCAAACUCUGGAGGCUAAAGGGCCGAUCACAGACAUGGCCUACUCAAAUAAUGGAGCCUAUCUGGCUGUCAUUGACGAGAAGAAAGUUGCCACAGUUUAUAGUGUGGCUGACGGCUACUCGGUCAAAAACGAGAUGUAUGGACACCACGCCAAACCAGUGUCUUUGGCCUGGUCCCCUGAUAAUGAGCACUUUGCGACUGGUGGGAUGGACAUGAUGGUGUACAUCUGGACGGUUGGUGAUGCAGACAACAGGAUUAAGGUCCCAGACACUCACCGGUUGCAUCAUGUUAGCGGCCUGGCCUGGGUAGAUGAGCAUACACUCGUCACUGCCUCCCAUGAUGCCAGCAUCAAGCAGUGGACUAUUACGUACUGAGCUGCAAGCAUACAAACAUCCACAUCUCCAGGGACAAGGACUACUGUAGAAUUCAACCUUUCUCUUUUUUUAACUGUAUUUUCACUGUCUAAACGGUGUUCUAUGCUGUCUGUAAACAUUGAAUUGUAAAUGGUUAUGGCUGGGGAAAGCACCCAUAAAAAUGAUCUGAGACACGUCUCUUUGAUGCGAAUAACCUCAACUUACACAGAGACAAAAUGUUGAAAUAUACAAUGUAACCAUGAGUGCUUUUACAUCUCUUUUGAGCGUUAUGGACCCAGACAAAUAUUUGUAAGCUCAACAUUCCAUAGGUAAUUGCUUUCACCGAGUUUAAACAGAAAUCCAUGUCUGUGGUUAGCCUCAAUGCAUCCUAACAAAGGCUAGUUUUUGUUGUAAAAUUAACAAAAACAUUUUUGAAAAGAAAUGAAACCUUUUGGUUACAUUCCUGAAAUGAGAAGUAACCGGUCCCUUUUUUUUUUUUUUUUUUUUUUUCAAGGUUUUAAGAGGGUGGGUGUUUUUUUGUUUUUUUUUGCUUUCUCUUUACUUUCUUUUUGAUUCACAAUUCUUCCUGUUGGACUGGGGAGCAAUAAUAGGAAAUGAAAGAACAAUGUAUGUGUACAAUCAAGAUGCUGUCUGUUCAGUUGAAGGUCCUGUGUUGUUGCUGUGUUUUUGUUUGGGCCCACUAUGCUAGUCUCACUUUAUUUUUCCAUGUCUUUAUGCAUCUGCUUCCCAAAGUGGGAGUGUUCCAUUAAUAAUAAUAAAAAAACACUUUUUAUGCAUUUUCCA